AUGGAACGCUUGUUUGGGUCGUCCUCCUCCAGUAGUGCCUGGCUCAGUCACAAUCGUGUGAUUCAGCACAUCUACCCCCAUUUAGUAGAGGACAUUGAAGGCCAGCUAAGCAUCCGGCUCUCUGAGACACCGUUUGCUGCCAGCCAGCCAGUCCGAGCCAAACGGGACCCGAUACCCUUUCUAGCCAAUCUCGUGCACACUUCGGCCGACCCUGAAACCACCAACAACCGGUCGCCCCCGUACCGGGCAGUUGGCGCACUUGUUUGCUACAGAGCAUGGAUACAGUUGCCGCUUGGUCGCUUCGCUUUGUCUGUGCAAAUCUGGCAACCGAGAGAGUGCCUCUCUGAAGGCGAAUGUACGCCUCCGCGGCGUGUGUUUAUGCACCGCAGACGUCGGGCUGGAAACUGGGCCUUUGGCCGAACUCCCGGCGACGUCCUCGUCUGGCCGGACAGGAAAUGGCCACAAGCCCCGGUUGGUACCGUUUCAGUGCAAGUCACGCAAGAGACAAGCGGCUGGGCGUCUCAGGCGACCCAAGUCCGCCCAGCACCGUUCGUCUUUCUUCGUCUCCUCCGUCGAUCUCCACUUCGGCCUCUUCUGCCAGGCCGAGUGUGA